GUUGUCACCCGCGCGGGGGCGCGCCCGGUGGCCGUGCCCGCGCCGUUGCCGCGGUGACAGCGCCGGGGCCCGGCGAGGAAAUGGCGGCGGCCACGGAGCGGCCCGGGGCAAUGCACCCCCUGCCCAGGGGCAUCCGAGAGAUGUCUCGGGAGGAGACUGUGUGCAAAUACUGUGGCGUCAGCUAUUUGAUCCUUCAUGAAUUUAAGGCGAUGGAAGAAAAAGUGAAAGCAUUGGAAAAGCAGAUUACAUUUUAUGAAGGAAGUAUAGAACGGGAAAAAAGACUUCAAGAAGAAUUGCAGUCUCUUUACCUAGACCUUGAACACUGUCGAGCUGACAGGGAAUCAAAAACAGAAAGUAUUGCUAUUGCUCCUACCUGUGGUUAACAUUGAAAGCAACCUGGGAGCUUCAGCUGUUGUGGAACUCAGUUACCUGCCCUUCUGGAAUUUGAUCAGAAGAAGGGGAGCUGACCGUCCUGCAGGUAACUAUCCUGAUUCAAUCUAACACAGCGCCGUGUGUUUCACCCCUGUAGUAAGAAAACCUUGUUACUGUUUGAAGAGAUCGCUAACGUUACCAGAGCAUCUUUGCUCACGUCUGCAUGGAAGCUCACGUACUUGCAUCUUUCUGAAGAUUCAUGCUUAAAUCCACUCAGUCCUUUAAAUGAUGCUCACAGUUUUCCUUGCUAUGGCAGACAGUCUAGCCACAUAACUUGUUAUGAUAACUUUGUCUUGAUUUAAACUUAAACUGCAUAGCUUAGAAGGAUACUAACCUGGCUAAAUAUCCUAAACAGUGUAGGUCACUGUAUAAAACCUUCCCAUGAGGAUGCUUCUUUUUGUUUUCACCUUCAGAUUUUCGGUGUGCAGUACUUUUGUGUGUCAGUGCCUUUCGAGCAUCAAUAGCAGUAAGACGGAUGGAAACCCUUCCCACACACUUAUCCCUCCACUUUCUAUGCCUCCUCCCACCCCACUGCCCCAAUAAAGGGAAAACAAAGAACCCAAAAUCCCAGCGUGAUGUUCAGGUUUGUGGUUUCAUCAGAGAAAUCUUGUGUUACAUGGCCCUUGGGAAUUUUGGAGUUCCUUUUUCAUCUAGUCACUUUGGAUAUUGAACUGUUUGUUUAAAGAUUCAUUCUCCCCACGUGGUCUUAUCAGGCCUGGUUUCUUAUAAAAUUCCAGGAUUAUGAGGACUAUUGCAGCUAUAAAGAGACCUUCCUCAAGGAGUUUACGCUUCAGAGAGGACCUUUAGAUACUCCCAGGUUUUUCAUUUGUCCUAAUUUCAUCUCUUUAUCAGUGUUCUCCAGUCAUUAACUAGUCUAACUGCAGUGGGUGUGCACUUUCUUGUUUCUGUUUUCCAUUUGUCAGAACUCUGUUUGUUGUGUCACUAUGGAGUGGUGGGAAGAAAGAAGGAUUUAAUCAGUGAUUAUGUCAUUAAUUAAGAAAUAGAAUUACGUUGAACUCCUCCCAUUUUCAAGCUAGGAGCAUGGUAUGAAAGAUGCGUUUACAAUAUCCUUGACGUUUCCAAAUCACUUGGAAAACAUAAAAAGCUCUAUUAGAAAUGCAUAAUUUAAAAAAAAGUAUCAAAUAUAGUUUGGGUUAUGCAGUCAGUUAUUCUUUUUACAUGUUAUUUUAUCUGGGUAACUUGGGAGUCUUGUUCUUCUUUUCACUGUUUUAGGAAGCAUGGCUAACUGCAGAUCUGUCAGGUACUUUCAGAAUAUUGGAAUAUCAUUUAUCUGAAAAGAAAUCAAUUCAUAAAGUAGUAGAUGAGUACUUCACCACACUACGGGUGUUCUGGGUGAGUCUUUGGGUGCAUGCUCCUUCAGGGCUUGGUGGAAAGAGGCGAGUAAAUACAACAAGAGGCACUGGGUGAACAGGGGCUUCAGCAAGUCCCCACGUUUUGCACAGAGCUUUUCCCAGCAAAAGGAAAUAAUGUAUUGUUUUUUGUAUUGUAAGGGGAAUACAGAGCACAGAAGUGCUGGAUUUUGUCUGGCUCUUUCUGCAUUAAAUUCUACUUUUAGACAGCUCAAAUUGCAGCAUACAGAAGUAAGAGCACAAGAGCUGUUUUGUACUGGGAAGUGCCAAGUGCGUGCGAGUUUUUUCUGAAGAGAGGAUAUGAAAUUUAAUCAGGGGCUGCCUUCAACAUAUUUAAUUGUAUUUGUUUUAUAGUGCAACAGUACAUACUUCUUCAAUUAGCCACAUGAUAAUUUUAGGGUGUACUUAUUAACCAGGAAAAAGCAGAAUUUUGUAUAAUGCCAAAGUGUUUUAAUAUGUUCCCUUCAGUGCUUGCAAACUGAUCUGUAUAUUCUGUCCUGAUGGUGUCAUCAGGAUGACUCAGGUAUUGCUCAGGCUUGUGCAGAGAGCAAGCAAAAACCUGAUAAAGUUUAAGAGAGAUCUUGUGUUCGCCAUCUGUAAAAGCAGUGAAUUUCACCUUUAUAUUUAAAAACAAACAAACAAGAAUGGGAAAAAAAAAAAAAACAAAACACUGACAAAGCUUGUCACAGUCUCAGACAGCUGAUCACCACAGCGCUUUGGGGAAGUGACCUCUUGCUGUUGGACUCUUGUGUUAGGGAUGUUGAAGCCAGUGACUUCCCUAUACAAAACAUCCUCUUUGCUGACUGGUGGUAGCUCAGUCCUUGUGUCAGAGCUGUGAUUGUUCUAGUUUUGUCAAAUUUUCUCUAUUAACAUCAUUAGCUGCCAAGAUCAAUUACUAAUAAACGAAACAAGCGUGGUCACUAAGGUAGUCCGAAAGCCUGAUUCACAAAGCACAAAACUCUGUGAUAAGGUUUAAUCUUCUCCCAGAUUCCUGAUAAAAGGAACUGUGAGACAGAAUUCCCUAUCUGGAAGAGACAGCAGUCAGUGGAAAAUGCAAAAGGUAACAUGAAAUCUGCAUUUUUGCUUCCGUGUGUUCUUUUCAUAAAUAUUUCAUUUAAAAUAUUUUUGUAUUUAAUAAGUAAAAUUAAAAUUUAGAUUAAAAAGCAGAGAUAUUUGUAUCUGAGAAUGGUGCCACAUAAUGCUAAAAAGGCCUUAAUAGCUGUAAAAUGAUUCUGGACAUAAUUAUAAGGCUUUAAAUGGUUUCUUUCAGUUCAUACUCAGGCAGAAAGACUCACUAAAAUCCACAGGGCUUCUGCUUCUUUAUCUGUCAGAGUGAAAUUGGAAAGCUCUGUGGUUAUUUGCUGAUCGAGGUUAACACAUUUCGUGCAUGUGCUUGUAGGACAAGGUGUUAUUUUCUGGUGUUUUCUUUGAUUACAUAGGAAUGAAACUCGGAUGGGACCAGGAUGAACUCUGGCUAAUCCUUGAAUACCUCUGCCCUGUGCUGAGAGGCCUAUUUUUACUUUGGCCUUUGACUUGCUCUUGAACUUGACGCUGCUUUGGCGACUGCAGAAGGGGAAGGUGGCUGCCCAGGAUGCGGGGUGAAAGGGGACGCCUAGUUUGGGGGGGAGAAACACCAAAUGCAUAAAAUGCAAUAUAUUUCUAGUUGGCUAAAUUUGUGUUAUGUUAGGGAAACACAAAGUAUCGUCUUUUUCUCUGUAAUUAUGUGGUCUCUACUGUACCUGCAAGGUCUAGAAAAUUUCUGGUUAAAAAGUAUACACUUACUCAUGUGCCUUGAGAAACUUCCCUUGAAAUAUGCAGGUGCAAAUAUAUAGUAUAAGUAAAAAGUCACCUAUAAAUUUGCCUUAACUCCAUUUCUUUUCUUACGCAAUUAUCAAAUUACUCAUAACUGUAAUCUCAUUUAUUAAUCUGUUGAGUCAGAUAAUUCUACUGAUUUAUAAGAAGUUAUUCCUGAAUAACACUGCUGUGACAGAGACCAUGUAAAUUGCAGCUGAGGAUGAAAUCGGCAGCUGGGGUGGUAGCUCUGAGAAAUAAAACCUUAGGUUUCUUCAGAGAUGAAUUUUGACCUGGUUGUGACAAGGCAGUCAUCUUUCUGUCACUGUUUUCCCGACCUGUUCCAGAGUUUUACCUUUGCUUAACAAAAAUAAUCUAGGUUGUCUUCUCAGCAUGCUUUUUAUCUUUUUAUCUAUCUAUCUGUCUAUAUUUAUAUAUAUAUUUAUAUUUACGUUGUGUUAAUAAAAUAACAAUUAAUGCAAGAUUUGAAGUGACUGUCAGCUUACAUGAGACUCGACAGAGACCUUCACGAAAAGCCUACAGAUUGGUAGCCAGAGAAAACUUCCACCUGCAGUCAGUGGGCCAUCUGCUAACCUGCAGUCCACAGGUGAAUGAUCCUGUAGUGGCAAACAAAAUCUGUGAAAUAGCCUGGUCUUAACUUGAAUGGUCUUAAAUGGUCUGAUCAGAGUCGUAAAGGCGCUGUGUGCCACAUAGCCUGCAAGAGGGUUGCUUUUUCAAAUCUUAGCUUCUGAGAAAUGCAGCUUCUUAAAUUUGAACAGUCGUGGUAAUUGUCAUUACUUUUAGGACACUGAAUAUUAUCUGUUUGCUGGCAAGAAUCCCUUGCAACUACUUCUUUAUUUUCUCUGGUAUUCUUUUCAUUGCCAGCACUGGUGGUUAACGUGUUAUAACUCAACUCCCACUCUGUGCAGGCUUCCUCCUGUGUUCACCAAGUCUGCUGCCUGCAAAGAUGGGAAGUUGAUUUUCACAGUUCACACAAAAUGCAGGACAGAGGACAAGACCACUGUGUUCUCACACUUCUCUUUUAAUUGUGUCAUCUAAUGAUCUAUUGAAUUCUUUCCUUUGUGCUAAAUAUCACCAAAAUAAUAUGCUUAUUUUUUUUCCUCUUGGUGAUGAGAGUAGACAGUGCAACUUUCUUGCAUUGUCCACAUAUCUUUUUGUGUGCAAACAAUGGGAAAAUACCAAUAAUGUCCCUUUGCACUUUGAAGCUGCAAUUCUAUGCUAACCUCACUAAAUCAAAUGUUUGGAGUGGGGGAAAAAAAAGUCUGCUUAUUUGGAAGUUUUAUUUUAAAACUAUAAUCCCAAGAAAUUUACACGUAGGUAUGGGUUAAUUUUCCUAGCAAGGUAAUGCUAGAAUUUUUUUAAAGUUAUUUUUAAAGUUAUUUUUAUUUUAUUUCAUUUCAGUGAUCACAGUUGAGCCCAGACAACUUUUUAAUUACCAGUUAUGGUGUAACUAAAGUUCAGUUCAGUUAUGGUUUUGGCAGAGCUCUGCAGAUCCAAGUUUCUUUAUCAGGACUCCUAUUUUUUAAGUUUGCAUUUUGGUGCAAAUGUGUUGUAGAUGAUCCAUCUGAUAACAUUAGCUGACGCACAGGAAAACAACAGGCUUUGUUGUUUAUUUUUAAGCUAUAAAUCAUUUUCAUUUUCGUUUUUAAAUUGAAGCAAAUGCUAAUGUAAUGCUUGUGCCAUCCUUUGGUUUUGUAAAAUACUUGUGUAUUCAAGUAUUAUUUAUUUACUAGUGACAGUAAGUCACUAGUAGACAAAUACACCAUUUACUUUUACGGUUAAUCUAGUGUGAGUAGUGUUGAAAAGGACUAGUUUUUAAAUUACAUGUCCCUGUCAUUGUGCUUUCAGGGAUAGAAGAAUAUACUAUAAUAACUGCAACUGAAAAUAACAAAACCUAGUGUAAACUGCUAAUGAAUGUUGUACGUGAUAUUCUCUUUGCACAUUACACAGGCAGAUAGCUGGGCUCAGCUAUCUGAUGUUCCUGCAUGGUCCCAUUCAUUUCAUUGCAGUUGUGGGAAUAACCCAGGAGUCACUGAAAGAACAAUAUUUUCAAUUUUAUUUACACUGCUAAAGUUAUGCUUGACAAAUACACAGGUCAGAACCACUGCUGUAAUGAAGAAGUUCAAAAGGUAAAUUUUAGAGGCCAAGGGGAAUGCAUAGGUCAGUUUAUCCGUUCCUUUGGGCUGGCUGCCUGUGUUUGCUGGGGCACGAGGAUGGGUCAUGUCCUGUGCGUGCUACAGACCUGCACCUGGAGCUGUGCACAGCCCGAGGGGCCGCCCACCUGCAAGCAAGUGGUGGUGGAAAAGAAAUGCUGGGUUGGUUCUCCUGCAUCGUGGGCCCGUUUUAUUUCAAUAUAUAUAUAUAUACAGAACUAUAAGCAAGUUAUAUAAGAACUGUAAGAACUAAAGGAGAAAGGCACAUGAAGGUUGUUCAGCUACACGUCUUCCAUAGCUUAGAGACGGUGUUAAUUUGUAGACAUCCACUGAGUGGCUUUAAAAAAUAAGUACAAAAAAGUGAAAAAAAACACAAACAACAGUGUUAGCAAAUAAACUGAAUGGCUGUAACACAUCUCUGUGUGUUUCCAGGGGCUGCAGGAAGCUGCACAGCUCAGCCCCUGCUCUGCCCGCUGCGUCCCGUGCCGCACGGAAAGGGGAAGGCUGGGAAGUCCCGCGGGCAGGGAAAGCCCCCGCCGGCCCGGUGUGCUCAGCAGAGAGGCGGCUGGUUUCGUUCCCACUUCUUCAGAAUAACAAACCUCACAAAGGAACUAAAAGCCAAACAAGAUGAAUUAAAAAAUGUGAAGGAAGAUCUGCGGUAUUUCCAAGAAGAAAAGGAAGCUGCCUAUAAGCAAUCACAAGUGCUCAGAAAUACAUUGGAGCACCAUUGCUCAACUCUGAACAAGGCUGUCUCACUGUUUCCCUUUAUCAGAAGUGAACUAGAAAAUAUUAAAGAGGUCGUGUCCAGUAAUCUAGAGAGCUGGGCUGCCCUGAAAGAAGAAAUUUUUGUCCAGAUAAAAACUGUUAGCAAAGAAGCUUUGACAGAAAUACCCAAACUGAAUCAGAGGUUAGCAAAAUCCCAGAGAGAGAAUGAGAGUCUUCAGGAAAAGGUGAAACAUCUGACACUGGUGGCUGACACGGUGGAGCUGAAAACUCAACAGCUUCAAACUUCUCUUCAGCAAGGGAAUGAGCUACAAAGCAGAUGCCGUGAACUGCAAAAGGAAACAUUAGAUUUAACCAACCAAGUAGAGACAACCGGACUCAAGCUGCAGAAAGUAACAGCGGAAAUGGACCACUACAAAAAGCUGCUAAUGAUGAAAUCAACAGAACUCGAUGUCUGUCAAAAUGAACUGAAAAAAAUGAAAUACGAGAAUGGAAUUUCUGAGUCAAGACUUACAAAAGAGCUCAAGGAAAAGGAGGAAUCUCUACUGAUUUCCCAACAAGUAUGCAAACAUUUACAGGAAGAGGUGGCUGAGAAGGAGAGGAGAGAGGAAGAUCUAAAAAGAAGAACCAGCCGAUCAGAAAGUGAACUGGAAACACUUAAAGCUCUUCUUCAACAAACAGAGGAGGAGGUGGUGAUGUUGAAGCAAGAAAGGGAGUUAAUGCUGAUUUCUCAUCAGAACAGAACAGAGCAGCUGCAGGAAACAUUAAGACAGAAGAUGCGGAAUGAAGAUAACUGGAGGGAGAAGAUGGAGAUUGAUCUGGCCAAAGGUGAAGCACGACACAAAGAAGCGAUUCUCAAAGUCAAGGAAGAAGCAAGAGUGGAACUAGACAUUGAAAGGCAAAAACAGCAGGAAUUGAUCACAAAAUAUCAGAGAGAUCAUGAAGAGCUCCAGAAGAAGAUACCUGGAUUAAUAUCAAGUGCCACCAACAGCUUAAGGAUGGAGGCAGAAAUUCUUGAAAAGAAGUUACAAGAUGUCCAGAUCAAACUUGCAGAGAAAGAUGAAGAUAAAGAAAAGGAAAUUCAGGACCUUAAAAGAAUAAUUACUGAACUUGAAUUUCAGCUGGAGAUGGAAAAGAACAAUAAUGAAUCAUUUCUGGAUAAUAUGAGGAAAGAAAUUAAACACAAGUCAGAUGAACUGGAAAAAUUAACCCAGGAGAGGACACAGCUGAUUCAUAAUUUGAGUCAAGUUCAAGAAGAGAACGCUCUUCUCCAGGAAACGGUGCGCAGAGAGUGCGAGGAACGCUAUGAGCUGACUGCCGCUUUGACUCAAGCCAGGGAACAAGUGCUGGAGCUAAAAAAGCUCAGUGGAAACUUCCCGUUAUCGCCGUGUUCCCUGGCUCAGGGCAGCCUAACCUCCUCAGCUGCCCUGCUUGGUGAUUACGGACAGAAAAGCCGCCCCAGCCCCAGCUCGGGGAAGGAAAUCAAUCUCUCCGGACAGUUCGGUAUCUCCAGAGCCGCUAAGGCGCCCACCUCCAGUAAGCGUGGCGGCAGCGUGGCUCUGCCAGCCCUCAGCCCGCCGCAUCCUCCCAGAGGCCGGGCGUCCUCCCUGAAUGAGCCCAGGAGCAGGAUUGCUGCGGUUAUAAGGAGACAGCUGAGUCAGCUCUGACAGCUGCAUGCGCAUACGUAGCACACGGGGAACUAUUUCAGAGCACAAAUGUCCAUUUACUUGUGGGUCCUGGGGUCAGAUAUUACUGGAUGCAAUUCAUGCUUUCCUACAGAUUAAAAUGAAGUUAAAUUAUUAUAUAUUUUUGAUGCAAAUGUUUUUUUUGUCCACUGAAUAUCAGUGUAAUUAAAUGCUAUCUACAUUUCGAGAUGAGAACAGUAUGAAGGAAAAACAUUGCCUCUCCGAGAGGAGCAGAUCUUCAGGAGGUGUAAUUAAAAUAAUUGCCAAUUUCAAAUGCUGUCUUCCCCAAACCACUUUGUUGGAUUUUUCCUCUUUUGUAUGUUGUUCUGUGUAGCUUCAUUGUCUGUUUCUGGUGUAAAAAUGUGUUUUGAUCGGUUCGAGUCAGGUAUUUGCAGUUGCCUAAUGGAGCAGUGGGGUACUUGCACGGACUUGGGAGGCUCUGGUGCUGGAGCACACAGCGUGGACAUGCGACGAGUCCUCGUGCUCGCUGUGCUGACCAGUGGCAGGCACACACCUUCCCUACUGCUUCUGUGUACGAGUCUUCUCCUCGUGCUGGCUGACAAGGAGGUGAGGACUUCCUGGCGAUGCUUGUGGUGGUUGAUGUAAUCUGCAGUGCAGCACUGGGAUUUGAUGUUGAAGUGCUGCGGAGAUGCACGCAGUGAUGCCUCUGUACUGAAAGCAAGGGCAGAGCACAGGUGGGGAAAGCAAAUUGUCCCGUUUUAGCCCUUGUAUAACAGAAUACCCCGUUCCACCUUGUACCCAUUCGUGCCGUGGUGCCCCUGGAGCCACGCACGCAGGGCAGACCCCAGAUCUGGGCUCAGGGCCGCUGCUGUAGUGCUUAGGUCCUGUAAGAGCAGCAGCUGUAAGGACUCACUGGGCAUUGAAAUACUGUAAGAAAGGAGUAGCACAUAAACUAACGGCAGCAGCCACGGAAAUAAUAUUUCUAGCAGGAGGGAGAGCAUAAAUCAUGGGCCCAAGCAGUCGGGAACAGAUAUUUCCCGUAUUUCCCCUACCUGACAGAAACCCAGGGCCCACGCUGCUAAGCAAUAGACAAAGUGUUAGUAUGAGGAAGCCUUGUUCACCAGUGACAAGCUUUUAAAAACAAAUUAAUUUCACGUAGUGAAAGAAAGUUUACAAAGCAUUUCUCGCAACGGAAUGAAACGCAGCAGCGCAGAACGCCACGGAGAGUGCAGACACCUAAUUAUAUCCCCACAUUUUCAGGAAAUAAAGCUUCCUGGAGGUAAUACAUCUUGUACAAGUGGUGGCAUUUAUGAAUGGGUUUUUCUUGUGCUGGACCUUGUACUCUAGGACUCACGGCACAAGGGAAUAAUGAAAAAAAAAAACAAAGUUGGAACAAAUCUGUCUCUGUGGGUUCCUGACCCGCUGACUGCAGGAAGCCAGCCAUCCUUUCACUUCUCAAGGUUGCAAGAAAAUGUCCUACAGCAACGGGUUGUCUUGUUCUGGCCUAAUGCAAAGGCUUCUGUUUUCCUCCUGGACAGUGCUGAUAUUGUUGCCAGAUCGGGAGCAGAGUCCUAAAUCUUUCCAUGAAGCACUAACCCCGCUAGUAGACUGCCACUUUGCAUUGCAGGGUACCCAGUACACCCGCCUGCCGUGUUAUUGCCACAUUUACCCAAAUUUAUUUUUAGCCAGUAGUCAUAACUUCCAGGGGAGUUUCAAGCAUUUGGAGUCUGUGGGGGCCUCCGUCUGCCCUCCCUGCCGGGCCUGGUUCCUCUGGUCAGAAAAGCCAGGGUCAGCAAAAUUGGGCGGAUGCUUUAGAGAAGGCUUCGUGCAGGCAUCAAGCAUCAAACGUAGUUUGGCCGCGGGCUGGUGGGCAAGGAAAAGCUCGGUCCCAGCAAGAAGCCUGGGCUCGGGCUGCCCCCACCGUGCUGCCUGCCUCACCUUGCACGCUCAGAUUUAAAGCUCAGGCUGGAUCUCGGUGUGGGUCACUACUUUUCCAUUAAGUUUGCCCCAAAUCUCUGCGUGCUGCACAGGUAGAAAUGCAGAGAGAAUCAAAUCCAGUGCUGGUGGCACGGAGCUGCCUCGCUGCUGCUUUGACAGGAGGUGAAAUUAGUGCUUGCCAUAUGUACCGAAGUGUUUGCCAUCUGUACCGGAGAUGUAAGUGCUUGCCAUAUGUAUCAGAAAUACUCCUAAUAUUACAAAAUAAAGCAGUGAUGUGCCUCAUGUCUUGGAAAUGAUAAAUAGCCCUUUAACCGAGUGAGUGUGUGCGAUCUGGGAUCGCAGCCUGUGGCUUGCACAUGGAGUUUUUCCAUGAAGGAAUAAAGCAGACUCCAGAAAAAAAUCAUCUUGUAUCUUAGCAGCAUCGAGAGUAUAUGAAAAUAGAAACCGGAGCCAGACCCCAUGCCAUAUAUCAUUAAAAUGUAUUAAUCAGAAGAAAACAUA